UUGACAGCCAAGGACGGAGUUGUAUGUGUCAAACUCACUCAAUCCACUAGACUAAUAAAGAGAUACCGAUAUCGACAUAAUGUGACCCUGUUGGCGCCCAAAACUGUCUGCCUGUUUACAUCAUCUGCAUCUAGCUAGCUAGUACGAUUGGAAUUCAAAAAUCUAGAACUAUCAGUCGAAGAGAAAUUUGGAGGCAUUCAGCUCACAAAAUCAAGUCGAAGCCGGUGUGAACGAACAAAGCAAGAAGAUCUAGCUAACCAGCUCGAGAGUAAUAAAGUGGUAUCCAAACAUCCAAGCUAUAAGCACACAAAAACCAACAACAACAAAAUGAACCAACCAUAUCAACUUGACUGGGCCAAUGCAGCUUCCGGAAAACGAGUUUCUGCAACAAAACGCCGUGUUCGCUUCCGCUUUGGCUUUUCCAACCCUAAAGCUGUCGCUCAGGGCCGCACUGGUGUCGAAUGCCGCGGUGAAGAACACGAGGUUGGCCUUGUUUGGAGUCUUACAAGCGGAAAGCGUGUGGUUGCCUUUGACGGCAAGGAAGUCCACUUUUCGCUUGGAAAGCGUGGAGAAACCAAGUUUGAAGCGACUUGGCCCAUGGAUGGUGGGCACAUCUUGAAGAUCGUUGCUCAUGCCACACCUCCCCUGCGUUCCUCGCCAGGUUUCAAGCAGUUUGACCUGCUUCUGGAUGGCAUGUCCUUCUUUGACAUGCCCAGCGUAUACGAGCUGGGUGCCCACAACCCCCGACGUGUUGCAUUCGCCGUCUCUCCGUCGGCACAUCAGCAUGCCGUCUCGCAUCACUACAAUCAGCCCAAUCCAGGGUCGGAACGCUUUGCCAGCAGAAUGAGCCACUUUGAAGAUGCUCACUCGAUGAACAGCGGCAGCUUUUCCUCCUUGGAACCCGUCCAGGCUAACGGAUUUUCCGGUCCUGCCCGUCGCAAUACCUUGGACCCAGUUCCUGCUGGGCGUCAUGCUCCUGUGGUUGUGGUGCCUCCUGAGGAUGUGUUGUCGGAGAUUCCGCGAGGAACGGAUUUGUUGGCGGUGCCUGCUGCUGCAAGCAAUGUUCCCGAUGAAUUCACUCCUGUGGUCGUCCAGGCUGCGUCUCCUACCUUUCAGGAUGUAUCCAAUCAGAUUCUGAGUGCCUAUGGUCCCCCGGCAACCUCCACGGGCCCUCCGACGUUGGCCUAUGAGCCUCAUACUCAUUACCAGCCUGCCCCACAGCAGCAGCUGCAGCAGUACCCUGCAAGUGUCCCCAGCUCUACCCAGCAUCAGUACUAUGGUGCUGCCUUGGUCUCGCCGGAUGCCUCUAUGGCUUCUGCUAACAGCGGCUUUCAAGUGCCUCAGCAGCGGGAAAUGGUGGUCAAUGAAAAGCCUGUGGAAUCGCCAACCCCCAACCAGACUAUUGCCCCUACCAUGACUAUGAUGAAACCAUUGGAGCUUGCGGAGCUUCGCGACUCACCGCCUCCUAUCGGUGCAAUGGAUCAAGCAGUGCACAACCUGGUCAAUCUACAUGAUCUCAUGGAAAUCAAAGCCACUCCUGAGCAGAUCAAGACAAAGCGUCAGAAAGAGUUGAUGGUCAAGAAGGAGCACAAGUCCCGUCCCAAGCCCCCUGCAAUCAAUGACUAUCAUGUGGGCAGCAAUGCUUCAUUGGCGGAUAUUAAGCAGCACAAAAAGCCCAGUGCUCCACCCGCAAAGGAGGUCAUGAAGAUGCAUGCAUUUGAUCCCGCUGCCGCCCAAGCGGGAAUGAUGGUGGUCUACGGACAGCCUCAGCAAGCACCACCAAGUAUCCCCGCAGCAACAGGGUUUGGUGCCGGUGCUUACAAUGGUGGCUACCGCUAUGCUGCUCAUGUCCGCGCAGGAUACUAAAUUGAACGGGAGCUUGAGAGAGAAAAUGAAGAGGGGCCCAGCCCAGUACAGUUUCCUCGUGCGCCAUAAGAUUGUUUGCUAUUGAGCUUUGUUGCAAAUUAAGAUGCAUUUUAAAACAAAAAUUAUAAGAAAUAAAUAACCGAUUGAAACGAAGAUGCA